AGUCAGUGGCAAGAAAAUGACGGUACAGUUUUAUGUACUUUUAUUUGUGGUUUUAUAUAUUCUUAUUUUAUUUCAGAAAUACAAAUUCGAAGGCUUCAAUUUGGGGUGGAAUGUCCCCAUGACGAGCGCUCUGCACCAAAAAAGCCUGCUCUUCCCAAAAAGUUGUCGUCAUCUAAAGGCAGACACGCGGCAAUAAUAGCUGAGUUAAGCGCUAUCCAGAUAUGCCAGGACCAAAUAUUGGCGAAACUGGAUAGCGUCGAGACCCGUCAACUGGGCGUUGCUGGCCAAGUAGCUGACAUACAAAGUGCCAUUUUCGAUAAGAUGCCGGAACGUGGUGAGAUGCAAGCGCAAAGUAAGCUGUUGCGCGAAUGCAAAGUGCUGACAGCUAGGGUUCAACAGUCUGUCAGUCGCAUCACCGGGGACGCGGAAAGCGAGGAAUCCAUGGAACUUGCUGCCAUGUUUCCCGUAUUAUCGGUGGAGCAAGUGCAGGCUGUUGAAGCCAAGCUGAUAAAUAAAGCUUACGCCGACGCAAUGAUUGGGCUUCUGGCAAGAUCAAAAGGCACGAAAGGGACGGUUGACGGGGUUAUGCGUUAUCUUUUCACAGAUGACGCCAUGUACAGCUUCAACUUAGAAGGAAGAGCAGGAAAGAUACCACUUCUUAGACUUAAGGCGGUUGAACUUAUAUUUGACCUCUUUUCAGAAAAAACAAAAGAAGAUGUACAAGGCGCUAUUAGGAAGUAUGUUCGUUUAAACUAGGGACGGGCAGCAGAGUAGCACGCUCGCAGCAGAGCGUGCUAGCAAAGUGCUGGAUGAGGGGGCGACAAACUUACAUCAGAAGGGUAAGCAAUAGGCGUGUACGUAUAUUAAUCAGUUCUGAGUAACGCAUAUGUGUUUGUAAAAAAGAGAGUGAAGCUUUGCCAAUAGCAAAGUUACCAGAUAAGGGGACUUCAUUCCA